AUGCAAUACAGCAACCGCAAGAAUAAGCAGCCAUCGUUUUCGAAACAAAAAUCACAUUUCACACCAAAAAAAGAAACAAACGAGUUGACAAUAAAAGAAACUCAAUCAUUGUUACUCUACUUGAGAAAUAUUCCCACAACAUUUAUGCCAAAGCAUAACUUGAACAUAUAUUUUGGAUUUGGUGGGAUUAGUGAUGCUGUUGGUGAUGGUCGGAAACGAGUAAAGCUAGAAAUGCUUUUGCUUAGAGAUAGUUACUUAUGA